CACUGUUUGUAAUCAUUUGCACAGACCCUAUUUAUCUCCAAGAUUAGCUAUUGAGAGUAUAGCUUCCUUGCGAUGGUGCAGUGAAGUAUGGAUCCGGCAAGUGGUGUGAAACGAGAGGGGGAUGAUCAAGGCAAAGGGAAGAACGGGGAGCUCGCUAAGAGUGGCGACGGUGACCAUGACAUGAAUUCUAUAUUGGAGGGUCAGCUUCUAAAGUUCACCAGCAUUUUGAAAGGUGGCUUCUUACCCCGAUGGUUCGUACUCGAUCCAGGAAAUGGCACGCUGACGUAUUAUUUGAGUCAAGAAGCUCUGAAGAAAAAGGCAUCACGUGGUCAAGUCGGGCUGCCAGGAGCACAGGUGUGUCCCUCAGAGGAGGACUCACAGACAUUUUCUGUCAAUGCUGCUAAUGGUGAAAUCUUCAAGCUGAAAGCACAUGAUGCCAAGGAGAGGCAGCUAUGGGUGUCGCACCUCCGACAUGUCGUUGAAUCCCACGCACCCAAAAGAUCCAUGUCGACUUCGGGUGCUCGAACCAGUGGCCACAUAGCUGCCAUGCGCACGGAGAGUGCCGGGAACAGUGUUUCACGAUCUGCAACUAUGAGUGGGCAAGGAUCUCGCUCACGCACCCAGCCAGAUGGAGCAGUUGGUGCUGUCACGUCUGCACCAUCCAUUGGCGACCGUGAGCGGAAGAAGUCGUCCAAAUCACGGGAAACCUCCCCGCAUGCGUCCAUGAGCAAGAAGCGGAACUGGGAUUUCAAGAAGCUGUCAUCAACUCACUCAACUUCGUCUUCAGUCACAUCGUUGCCUGCAGCAGCCAUGCCAGAUGACAUGGGUGCACUCCAGCCUAUUCACCAGGCAUGCGCUCUGGCCAGCCAGCAGGAGCAAGAGCUGCGUGCGCUGCUUGAACAGAAUGUCAAGGCACUGCGCAAGUUUGGUGCCACGGACGUUCACUCCGACCCGAAUGUUUUGCUGAUGAAAGCGACGGCUCAAGCCAAUCUCACCGCGUUGCAUCAAUGUCUGUCAUUACUUGUGGAAUACCAGCAACGAUUGAAAGCAAAGGGCCUCACAUUAGAUACCCAACAUCUCGAUCACAGUGAUUUAGUUCUGAUGAACAUACCCGUGGCAACCCCACUGACCCAGUCAGACAAUGGUUCAAUACGCUCACAUCCCGACUACCAACACAGCACGUCGGUGCGUUCGUCUGACACUGGCGUUUCCAGCACCUCUUCCAGCACUGCGCUGUCGGAAAAGACUUCAGCCACGAGUGUUACAUCCGCACCGCCUGCUGAUGAAAGUAGUAGUACCAAGGCUGCCAACGAACCCUCAGUGAAUGAGGACACUGACGACCUUCUGGAUGCUGAUAACUUGUACAAUGAUGAGUGUGGUGUUCUGCAACGUCAACUGUCCAUGGCUAGCCUGAUGGAGAAAGAGAACCGUGGCCUACUCAUGAAUCUCUGCUCCAAGCUAAAACUAGGCAUGGAUCUCACAACGGUAUCGUUUCCUGUGUCACUCUUGGAUGGCCGGUCGCUGCUGGAGUUGUUUGCUGAUCUGUUCAGCCACUCGCAGCUCUUCCUUCAGAUUGCUGAAGCCAAGACGCCAUGCCAGCGGAUGAUAGCUGUUGUUCGUCACUACAUCUGUGCCUUCCAUACUGCUUUUCAGCAUCAACAAGUGCGCAAGCCAUACAAUGCGCGCCUGGGAGAAGUGUUCCGCUGUGAGCUGGAUCCGCCAUCUCGCCGUAUGUCCAGUGUCAAUGCACAAUCAGACCUCGAUCAGAAGGACCCCACUGUUCACUUUGUUGCCGAGCAGGUUUCUCAUCAUCCGCCGGUGUCAGCAUUUCAUGUAUCAGCCCGUGGUCUCUCACUCACUGCUGAUGUUACCUGCAAGAGCAAGUUCCUGGGCAUGAGUGCUGGUGUGGAUAUCUCUGGACAAGGCUGUUUGACGGUGUCAGCACACAACGAGGACUACAUCUUCACAUUCCCCAGUGUGUAUUGCCGCUCUAUCUUGACAAACCCAUGGCUUGAAUUCAAUGGACGAGUCAAAGUAACAUGCCCACAGAGUGCAUACCAAGCUACCAUUACCUUUCCUGCCAAGCCUAGUUAUGGUGAUGAAUAUAACAAGGUCUCAGCUGAAAUCCGGCCACAAGCUGGAUCAGCAGCAGUGUGCAAGAUCAGUGGACGCUGGGAUGGCAUAUUGACCACAACACACGAUAAUGGGGAGACUGAAGUCAUGGACAUCACGCACCUUUCGCACAGCAAGAAACUUGUGCAGCCCAUGAAAAACCAAUCCAAGAUGGAAUCUCGCAGGGCAUGGAGAAGAGUAACGGCUGCGCUGAAGGAAGGAGACUACAAGCUAGCGACAAUGCAUAAGAAUACUCUGGAGGAUGAGCAGCGAGAGCAGGCUGAGCAGAGGGCUGCCACAGGAACUGAGUGGAAACCUAAGCACUUUGAGAAAGAUGGUGAACGCUGGAAGUUCCGUCCUGCAAUGCACUCCACGGAUGUGUGAAUGCUGUGGAGUGGAUAUGCGCUUCCAGUUGAUCCAGGGACUUGAGCAGAUGGUUUAGUACAUGCCUGUCAAGCACACACCCACACACGUAUCCCCCCCCCCCUACACACACAUGCAGGCAUGCAGGCAUGCACGCACACAUGCGCACACAAACAUGCACGAUUAGCAUUGCCUUGUAGUUGUAUCGAUGGCAUGGCCACACUAUGUCAUGCCGUGCCUGGCUUGCCAAGGCAUGGCCACAUUAUGUCAUACAAUGCCUGGCUUGCCAAGGCAUGACCACACUAUGUCAUGCCGUGCCUGACUUGCCACACUAUGUCAUACAAUGCCUGGCUGGCCAUGGCAUGUGAUGGCAUUGCUCAUGAUGUAGCCCCUUCAACACAUUUGUAUGGAUAUGUGGGCUGUAGUUCGUGCCUUCUAUUAUGGUGUAUGGAUGCUCUCUUGUUAUGGAUGGCUGGCUUAUCUACAUUGUACUUGUGCAGCAGUCCACUUGUAAGACGUUAUCUUCUCCAUUGGGAUUAUGGCGAUUCCAGGCAGACCUUCGCUGCCGGCUACUUCUGAACGCUGGAGUCUAUUGACUCUAGUGUUGCAGUCAUGCGCGUUUUCUAUCAUUGUGCCGUUCUUAGCAUUCUGAUCUUGUGUGGUGAAACAAUAGAGGGAAGUCAAUGGCUUUCUUCUACUUGUAUAUAUUCUUGUGUUUUUUAGUUUUUCACUUGCUGUAGCUUUUUACGCUCUUUGUCUAGCUUGGAUUCGCGUCUAGCCUUGUGAAUAGGUUGCCGUAUCAUAGCAUGGACGGUGUCAUGAAACGCACAGUGUCUGCAGCUGUGUGUCAAGGCUUUGCUGCAUGAUUGAAUGGCAAUCAUGGGGAUUCCUUACCGCAAACACUGCAUUCGCUGGUAUUCGAAUAGUUAAUGCAUAAUACACUACUCUAGUAGGUUAAAAACUCUUCUACUGGCUAUGAUUUCUUCAGGCGGGUAGCACGCAUCAAACUAGCUCACCUUCUAUUUUGUUUUCAUUUUAGAGUGUGUCACCCUUGUCGCUAGCCCGUCUGUUGGUCAAAGCACAUAAAAUAUCCGUGGAGACUUUCUUUCUUCUGCUGAUUUCCUACCGCCGCUUGCAUUCCCGCCAUGGUGUACAACUCAUAGUAUUAUUAAUUUUUAUUUUGCUCCAUUGAAUGACUUCUUUGCAAAACGCGAUCGUGUCGCAUGUGUUGA